AUGCACGUCCCUCGUAUUCUUUUCUAUCCAAUCAAAUAUUCCACCUUUCCUAAAAUUUCCAUUAUACAUGAACAAUCAUUGUCCAAGCUUUUAACUCAUGUUUAUCCAGCAUCAGGUAGAUUGGCAUUUGAUGGUCAAUCUAUCAAUUGUCAUGAUGAAGGUGUUUUGUAUAUAAAGGCAAAAGUUGAUUCUCCAUUUUGUGAUUUCCUCAAGGAUGCAAAGAAAGAUAUUGACCUAGCAUUGAAUUUUUGCCCGAAAAUCGAUCGUAGUGUUUCUAAUUUGUCUAUCACUCCACUAGUUGUAGUGCAAGUGACGGAGUUUGCGUGUGGUACGGGGAUAGUUUUAUCUGUGAGUGCUGAACACGCGGUUAUUGAUGGAUUCACAGCAUUGAAAUUUGUUUACGAGUGGUCUAAAGUAAGUAAAAUGGAAAUAAAUAUUCAUUCCGAUAAGAUCAAUUGCUUCACCUUUGACGAUUUUGGUACCAUGCAUUUUUCCACCAACAAGUGA